CGAACACACCCGCCUAUAGACACACGUCGAGUCUUCCGCUGCCCGAGGAUGCUGCACGGGAGACGUACCUAGCCGUCUUUUCUCCCCAUACUGCAUCUUUUUUUCCUUCAAGCUCGCCGUCGUGUCGCCCUAUUCGCCCUCUAUUGCGCGUUUGUUUACACCAUGGCCUCCACGGCCUUCAAGCUGCAGAAGCCGGUCGGCUCCGCAGAAUGGAUCGCGGCAGAAAAGGAAAACAUUAUGUAUCUGGUGGACCAGGAGAUGGAGGAGGUUGAAUUUCCCGUUCGACAUGAAUUGGAUUGGCUGAACGAGCACAUGGCGGAGGUCUUCCGGGGAAACCAACUCAAUGUUACCGAGAUAUUCAAAACUCCCGGAAAACUUCGCGGUAAAACCCCCCGCACGAUCAGAAAGCACAAGACUCCCGCUGGGCAGGCGCGUGUUCCCCUGAGCGAUAUCUUCUCUUCACAGAAUGCUAAAAAUAGUCCUCUCCCGACAAACCGAUUCCAGCAGGAGAUCUCAAAACUAGCUGCUCGCAAGGAAUCACCUUCGAAACGGCAGUGGCCAUUGUCAACUCUGAGCCAGAACUCCAAUCCAAAUUACAAUACUGACUCGGGCUACCAUGAUAUACCCGAUGAUGACCAUAUGCAUGUAGUCUCUUCUCAGGCCACCGAGCCCGCCCCGGAAGCCGAGGAGACUCAAAAUGAGCCGGAAGUGGAACAUGAAGAGGAACAGGAACAGGAACAUGAACCGGAACCGGAGCAAGAGCAAAAACAGGAACAGGAACAGGAACCGGAGCAAGAGACUGCAACGCAGCGUAUUGAUGAGUCAACCUUACUGGCAGAAGAUCAUGGUGACCAGAGUCCCUCUAUUGCCCGCCGGACAACAGAGGAUUCAUUCCAUUCGGCAAGAGAGGUCGCCGCGAGCAAAGAAAAUACUGUCGAACCCAUGGACUUCGAGUGCUCGCAACCCCCCCAGCAUCACAACUAUUUACAGCCGGUAUAUCCUACCAUUCAACCCGAAGCACAUGAUACCUCCCCGCAGGUACAGCCCCAGCUCUCCCACUCUUAUCAUCCGCCAGCUUCAGGACCACCAGAACAUGACACGAUGCUUGAUCAUCUCGAUGAUAUAGGUUCUCCGUCCGAAAAGUCGACCCCUGGACGCCCUCUUCUCCGGAAGAGCAGUCUCACAUUUGCAUCUCUCCCUGCCAGAGAACCGCUGAUGAAGAAGAGCAUGGGAGGCACCAGAAUGUCAAGACUAAGCCAGAUUGAUCCGGCCAAGAAUGGCUACUUUGGUCGCCAAACUGGAGGAGCCAGGAUGACACAGUUUUUCAACGAGGAAAAAAACAAGGAGGAGAACAUCAGCGCACCAACGCAUGAAGAGUCGGACUCGGAUACCAGGGCGACCAAAUUUCAUAACAAGUCGUCCACACAACUCCUUCAUGAGAAGAUCAACAUGCUUGGUAAGACUCAGUCGACGAGAAGCACUAAGUCUAUUGCAUCGGCCACCUCGUCAGCCGCGCAGCAGAUUACAUACCCUGAACUCCCACCUUCUCGCCAUGGACCUUCUACCGAUGGUCCGAAGCAGUUGGCUCGCGAGGAAUCACCAAGAAUGGGCGAUUCAUCCAUGCCACCUAGCUCACCGUUCUUUGCUCGACAUUCGCAAUUUGCCCGGGAUCGUAGUGUAGAGAUCGCGGAGAAACCCAAGUCGAGUCUGUCUUCUUCCAACCAAGAUCAGUAUGCGAAGCUUCGAUCCUUACGUACAGGAACUCCAGAACGACGGUCUCCGGCGCCAAGAUCAUUUAUCUCACAUGGUAAAUCAGCCUCUGUUUCUUCGCUUGCUGGCUCUCCACGUCCCGGCACUGCUGGGUCUUUGCAUAAAUCCACCACGUUCGAUGGCACCCCCAAAAGUUCUACUACUCCCACGGGCUCUCCAAAACGUUAUGAAGGACCUCUAAGUGCAUCCAAGUCCAAGCUCCAAUCUAUAAUGAAAUCUGCCAAAGGAUUGUUUAGCAGCAGCGCUGGCGCGUCCGCUGCAGCGAAAGAAGCCAUAUCACCCAAUUCGAUGCGCUCAAAACCCACAGGUUACCCAAGUCUGCAUGGCACCUUUAGUCAGGCUUCCACACAGCAAUAUGGGCACGAGAGCCCGGUGAAACAACAGGGCCGUCGAACUCGGAGUUCUACGGAACGUGAAGAGAGACGCAGAGAACAGGAGAUGAGAGAACGCCAGCGUAUCCAGGAACAAUUGGAAAAGGAACGAGAGGCAGAAAACGCAAGGACUUCCCACCCUAAAACCCCACACAACCCGCCAUCUGGCAUACAAAGAUUGGAGGCUAUUGUUCCUCCUCCAGCUCCAGGAAUCAAGUCAAGCCCGAAGAAGGUGCAGGCACCGCCCAGAUCUGCAACCAGAGACUUGGAGGAUCGUCGUGAAGAGGAAAUCAAGGCUCCAAUUUCCGGGUUUCCCCAAACACAACCAAAGAAGAAUGAGCGUCGACCGGUCAAACCGACGCGGGAGACACAGAAGGCAAAACCCCAGCCAGUUUCUAUCAAAAUAGGGACGCUAUCUCAGCGUAUUCCGUUAAAUUCGGUUCCUUCAAGUGCGCCUAGAAUUCAAGAUCCCACUCCCACACCGACUCUGACGAAGCAGCCGUCAGUCAAAAAGGCGAGCAUUGCUUCUUCUCAUACCAGCACUUCAACAAAUAGUUUUAAGAGUUCAACUACCGGGAGCAGCACCAAAUCGAAGGCAGCCUUGGCCGCUGAGAGAAGAGAACAACAACGUCGUGAGGCACAGCAGCGACGAGAAGCAGAGCGCAAAAAUCUCGAAGAAGCACGUCGCCAGGAACAACUUCGCGCGGAAGCCGAGCGAAGGGAACGAGAGCGUGUGGCCAUGUUGGAGGAUCCAAAGAGUGCUGCGAAGAAACAAGCAAUCGAGAAGCGGAGGCUCGAAAAUGCACGAAAGGCACAGCAGCAGAGAAAUCAACAACCUCCACCGGCCAACGACACGUCCCUCGUUUCCCAUCAGGAGAAGUCUAGCUUUCAGUCUUCCCAACGACCGGAUAUGGGCCCAGCUAGGCCUGCUUCUAGACUGAAUAAUGUUCAACCACCUUCUCGACCUCAGCCGAUGAUAAAUCCGGCCAAGCCGCCAAAGCGUCCGAAUGAAGAGGAGGCAGUGCGAACAGUAUCUGGAAAGCGGAGGAAGACCGACGACGAGCUUGCAACUGAACCCCCUAUGCGACCAACAAUGGCGCCUCCAAUUCGUCAAUCUAAUGUUCGAAAAGAACUUAAAGCACAAGCAUUCCCGGGUGGCUAUGCAGGUGCACCAACCAUGGGACAUAGCCAAGCUGGACUGUCAGUGUUCAAGCACCCGACGAACCCAGCCCGCCCGCUACAGACUCCAGGUCACCCUCAAGCCGGCCGAUCGGCUCAGCUAUUAGAGAUGUCCAAGUUCGCAAGUGGCAAAAUCCCGUUCGCGGACUCAAAUCCACCACCUCCAGCCGCUCACAAAACCCCUGGACACAAACCAGCACACAAGGUUGCCCGCUCGCCAGCUUAUCCCAAUGGUGAAAAUAUCAAACUCCCCGAAAUCCCUACAGACAGCGAAGAAGAAGAUUCCGAGGCGGAACCGUAUCACGUACCCGAGUGGGCGAAAGCAGAUAACCUCCGAAACAUCCUCAUCGAGCAGGAAGGCAAAGAUGGAGAGAUGGUGUUCGGGCCUACUGCCCCAUUGCGCAUGGAGGAGAUAUUUAGAGAUAAUAAGGAGCGGCUGAAGAAAUUUAGGGAUCGAACUAGUAGCGCGAAUUGGGGUGGUACAGAUGGAUUGACAACAGAAGAGAUCCGGUGGGAUAUCGAGCAGAGAGAGGCACUGAAGAAGAAUGGCGGCUGGACAUUUGGCACUUAGCUGCUGUUUGGAGUGUGUUGCUUAUCUAUGUAUAAAUACAUGUUCAUAUUCUUUUCGGUCUGGAUUGUUUUGGCAUUAAUGUUGUCCUUGAGUUUGUCUUGGGGAAUGAUUUGUUUAAUAUUGAUAACCACAGGUAGAACGCAUAUACUUGCAUACGUAUAUUUGUUA